GCCGUUUUUGAUGAUAGAUUUGCCAAACUCAUGGAGGAGAUCAUCAAUGUAAGUGUUCAAAGUUCAAAUUUCAAUUGAUGAUAUAUUUUUAAAUUUUCUAAUAUUACACAUUGCUGAUUUUUGUUAAAUUUGUCAUGUCUAGUUGUCAGAACCGUUGGUGAGGGUUCUACGGAUGGUGGAUGGGGAUAAAAGCCCCAUAGGGUAUCUAUAUGAGGCCAUGGAUAAGGCCAAAGAGGCAAUUCAACACUUGUAUGGGCCAGAGAGGACUAAAUAUGAACCGAUAUGGCGCAUAAUUGAUCGAAGGUGGAAUCGACAACUCCACCAACAUAUCCAUGCUGCUGCCUACUAUUUGAACCCCAAGUUCUUUUACUCUCGCAAUUUCAAAAUAGAUCAGGAGGUUCAACUUGGCCUUGACACAUGUAUUCAGAGGUUGGUUCCUGAUGAAAAUAUUCAAGACCUCAUUGUUGAUGAGUUGCAGAGGUACAAGAAAGGAGAUGGGCCAUUGUUUUCUUCACCUAUUGGUAUUCGUAAGAGAGACACCCUGUUGCCAGAUCUGUGGUGGGAAGAUUAUGGUGCCACAACGCCUAAUCUUCAAAAGCUUGCAAUCCGCAUAUUAUCUCAGCCUUGUAGUGCUUCUGGUUGUGAGCGCAACUGGAGUGUCUUUGAGGCCAUUCACACAAAAAAGCGCAAUAGGUUGACUCAGAAGCACUUGAAUGACCUUGUAUAUGUGUGGUACAACCUUCGCCUGCAUGAAAAGAGGGUACAAGGGAACAAUUCAUAUGACACACUUGACAUUGAUGAGAUUGAUCCAUACACAGCGGAUUGGAUUGCUGAACCUGAUGGUGCUACUGGUGAUAUUGAUGUGGAUGCAUUUAUCACUGACGCUCAGUUAGAUGAGAUGGAGAGGGAGGUAGCUGAAUGGGCGGCAGAGGUGGCCGAACGUGAGGAGGCGGGAGAUGAGUUUGUUGAUCCAGAAGAGGCAGAUUCAUCACCGGUUGAGGAUAUUGCAGCAGCUGCAUCACCAUCUACUUCAGCACCCACUCAGCGGCAACAGAGUUUUUUGAGCUUUAGUCGCAAACGCAAUCUAUGAUUUCCAGUUUUCAAUGAUAUGAAACCAUGAACUUAAUAUGUAUUCAGACUUCACUGAUUUGUUUUGUGGUCUAGGCUCUACAAUAUGGAUU